GUGAAAGUCUGACGGUGACGUACACACGCAAACGCGAAAAGAAAGACCCUCCAUCAUCACCCACGUCGAUGCCGCUUUGAAAGGUCGACUGUAAGCCAGGGGGAAUACAAAAGUAGGAAAGUGUUCAUUACAAACAUGCCGCACACUUUAUCGCCAGCUAGUCAGACGCCCUGUGAGACGUGCGCGUAGGGCCGCUAACCAAACCCGCAGCUAAGCUACUGCUGCUACUGUCUUGCCUCCACCUCCAUCAACAAAGCUUCUAGCUAGCUUGGACUUAACCGUUUCUCCAAGCCAUAACCUGCACUCGGUUUGUCCCCUUUCCCCUACAUUUGUCAAUUUACUUUGCAAACAUUCGUGCAGGCGUAAUGGCCUUCCGGAGGAGCUGGUUCAGUUGGGACCGGUACAGCGAGGUGGAUCUCUUCACCGACCGCUUCGACCAGAACAGCACCCUUUCCCAGGCCAUCAGAGCCGCAGCAUCCGAGGAGCCGGACGCCGAUGGCAACGUGCUCUUCGGCCAAAUACAGGGCACUGUUGUCGGCCUCAAAUAUUACAGCGGGGUGGUCAACCAAGGCGAAAUGGUCGGUUUGGUGCGUGAGCCCCACAAUCCGUACGACCGCAACGCCGUCAUGGUCGCCAACAUUUACGGCAGUCAAGUGGGGCACAUCAAGCGGGAGCUGGCGGCCGCCAUGGCCAACAUAAUGGACAACAAGCUGGCUAAAGUGGAAGGGGUGGUGCACUCUGGGUCAAAAAACAGAUUUUCCAUGCCGGUCAUGUUGUCCUUCUGGGGGAAAGAGGAGAACAAAAGUGGGGUGACUCAGUGUUUGGCACGCCACGGGUAUAAACUCAAUACAGGUGCAAGUCAGAAGCCAUACAGCUUUGGUGCUGGGAUGGCAUCAAAUAAAAGAGGCGUGACUGUCCCGCUCACGGCAGAGGAGCUGAAGAACGCCUUCGACAACCUCUUCGAAGGCUUACUGGAAAGUAAAGAUGGUGAAAAAGAAGCAGCUGAAUCUGUGGCCACGCCCCUCAUGCCCCACCAGAGGCAGGCGCUGUCCUGGAUGUGUGCUCGCGAGAACAAGUGCGCCCUCCCGCCCUUCUGGGAGAAGCGAGGCGAGCUGUACUACAACACCCUGACGUGUUUCUCCGCCAAGGAAAUCCCAGAGAGGGUCCUCGGGGGGAUACUGGCGGACGACAUGGGACUGGGGAAAACGCUGACAACCAUCGCGCUGAUUCUCACCAACUUCCACGAAGGAAAGCCACUUCCUGUGUACAAGCGUGUGGAGCAGUCUUGGCCUGGAAAAGGUGACGGAGCCGGGCCGAGUGGCACAGCAGCUCACUGUCGACGCUUUGACCCGACCCACAUGGAGCAGCUGUUCGCCCCCAUGUCCAAUGUAGUGGGUACAGCAAAGAUGUCUGAGAAAGGCAAGAGAAGUACCAAAACUAGCAAGAGAAAAUUCGAGUCCUCGCUGUUGCUGGAGGAUGCAGACUUUGCCUCAGCGUUGUGUGGAGGCCCGUCAUCACCUGCACACUCUUACAAGAAGAAGAAGAAAAAAAAGGCCAGCACAAGUCAAGCCGCUGAAUCCUACACCACUGACGGCUACGGCGAGUCUUCAUCAGCAGCAGCGACUCUGAUUGUGUGUCCGCUGUCAGUGCUCAGUAACUGGCUGGACCAGUUUGAGGAGCACGUGCGAGCCGACGUGAAGCUGAAAGUGUACAUGUACCACGGCCAAGACCGCAACAGGAGCACCAAGUUCCUCUCCUCUCAGGAUGUGGUGCUCACCACCUACAACGUCCUCGCCGCCGACUUUGCGAGCAAGAACAAGAGUCCCCUGCAUGAGAUCAAGUGGUUGCGGGUGGUGCUCGACGAAGGCCACGUGGUGCGGAACCCCAACACGCACAUGAGCAAGGCCGUGCUUGACCUCAGAGCUGAGCGCCGCUGGAUUCUGUCCGCUGUACUUUGCCGAGUAUUCUUUGACUUGCUAGACAGACAGCCACGUUCUGGAUUUUUCCACCUCGGCGGAGGCACGCCUAUCCAGAACAGUGUGAAGGACCUGUGGAUGCUGCUGGCCUUCCUGCGACUGAAGCCGUUCGACGUGAGGGAGUGGUGGAACCGAGUCAUCCAAAGGCCUGUGACCCACGGGGACAGGGCUGGUCUACAGAACCUUCAGACCCUGGUGAAAUGCAUCACUCUGCGGCGCACGAAGAGCAGCGAGGUGAACGGGCGCCCCCUGGUGACGCUGCCCGAGAAGAGCGUGUGCGUGGAGCAGGUGGAACUGAGCGCCUCCGAACGGGAGGAGUACGAGCUGGCGCGCAACGAGGGGCGACACAUCAUUAGCAGAUAUGUUGCAGAGGGGACGGUGUUGAGGAAUUACGCCGACGUCCUGGCUAUUUUGAUGAGGCUCCGACAGCACUGCUGCCACCCCGACCUGCUGGCAAAAACUUCCGCAGAUUCAGGCAUUGCGGCCACGCCCGCCGAGCUGCGAGAGCGCCUGAUCGAGAAGCUGCGCAUGGUGUUGGCCAGCGGCUCGGACGAGGAGUGUUCCGUGUGUCUGGACUCCGUCCGCCUGCCCGUCAUCACGCACUGCGCCCACGUCUACUGCCGGCCCUGCAUCGCCCAGGUCAUCGGCACGGAGCAGGAGAGCGCUCGCUGUCCCCUCUGUCGGAGCGACAUCAAGAUCAGCGAGCUGGUGGAGUUUCCGCAGGACGAGGCGGGGGAGGAGAGCGGUGGAAGUCCUGGGAAGUGGAGGACCAGCUCAAAGAUACAAGCUCUGAUGGGAAACCUGCUCAGGCUGCAACGGGAAGACAGCAGCAUCAAGUGUUUGGUCGUCUCGCAGUUCACUCGCUUCCUCACCGUACUGGAGACGCCCCUCAGGGAGCAAGGCUUCUGCUUCGUGCGCCUGGACGGCACCAUGAGCCAAAAGAAGCGCACCCAGGUGAUACAGGAGUUCCAGAGCACCGCCGCCAGCAGCCCCACCGUCAUGCUCCUGUCGCUCAAAGCCGGAGGGGUGGGGCUUAACUUGACGGCCGCAUCCCACGUCUUCCUCAUGGACCCGGCGUGGAACCCAGCCACGGAGGAGCAGUGUAUCGACCGCUGCUACCGUCUGGGUCAGAAGAGAAAAGUCUUUGUCACCAAGUUUAUCGUGAAGGACUCUGUGGAGGAGAACAUGGUGAAGAUCCAGAAGCAGAAGCAGGACCUGGUGGAGGCAGCGUUCGGCUCCAUCGGCACAGACCGGAAGACGUCGCGCAUCAACGACAUCAAGGCGCUGAUGGAGUUGUAGUUUUGUUUGUUUUGGGUUUUUUUUUUUUUUUUUUUACAACUUCUACGCAUUUUAAAUCUGUUUGGGAGUUCUUACGUUUGUGUUUUAGGAUCAAGCCUGCUCCAGUAAAUGUUUUUAUUUUUCCAUUCAUUAGGGCAGUGGGAUGGGCAACCUGUUCAUGGUAAAUGGCUUUUCGCUUGUACAGCGCUUUUCCACCUCCAAGGCACUAAAGUGCUUUGACACUGAUGACGCAGCAUGAGGGGCAGUGAUACAGGAGUUCAGUACUUGCCCAAGGACACUUGGACACGGUCACGGGAGGACGGCGGAUCGAACCCACAACCCUCAGGUUGGUAGACGACCACUCUACCACCUGAGCCAUGCCGCCAACAUGCCCAAUAACCCAACCUGCCAAUUACGGCCAGCGACAGCAACUCAUCACAUUAAUCUGCCAUGACAUUUCGGAAAACAAGCAAAACCUCACAUUUUUUUCAGAGCCUGGUAGGAAAAGGGUUGCCCAUCCCUGCUUUUGACACAUUUCAUCAAUUACUUUUUACACUCUGCCCUUCAGAACAAAUGUUGAGACCAAAUGAAACUUGUGUAUGGAUGUAGUAAAAUGACAUCUGUGUGUUUUACAUAAAUGUUGCUAGAUGAGACUUACUUUAUUCACCAUGACAGUCCAUUUGGAGAUCUUUAAGAAACCCCCCCGCACAAGAGGAUGCACUCGCGUGCUCAGAUAGUCGCUUUUGUUUCUUUUUGACAAGAUUCCAAAUGUUACAAAACAUCAUUGGAAAGACUUCAUCUCUUUUCAGGAACAAAAUAAUAAAUGAAAAAAACAACUAAUGUUUG